AUGUCGGACCCUAGUCUCUAUAGCUACCCUUCACCCCUCGAGGGUUGGGAGAACCUGCCUCCUCUGCCAGAAGAUCGCGCCGAGGACGGCAAAUCCUUCAUCAACCCGCCCUCGGUCCGGGGCAAAUCGGACGCCUACACCGCCUUCCCGUCGCCCAUCGCCAACGACCGGCGCGGCGGCUUCGACGUGCACGUCUACUUCCUGCAGAGCGACCCGUUCCAGACACAGUUCGCGACGGAGCUGUGGGAGCGCGUGCGGCGCGAGUUCCCGGAGCUGCGCAUCUACAAGCUGUGGGACCGGCCCAUCGGCCCGCACUACACGGGCAUGUUCGAGGUCAACCUGUUCACCCCGGAGCAGUUUGGCGCCUUCAUCCCCUGGCUCGUCAUCAACCGCGGCCCGCUGUCCGCGCUGCUGCAUCCGAAUACGGGUGACGAUGUCAGGGAUCAUUCGCAGCGGGCGACGUGGUUGGGGGAGCAGUUGCCGCUGAAUUUGAGGUUGUUGAGGAAGGUGAUUGAGCAACAGAAGGAGCAGGCGAAGGUGUAA